CCCGGAAGUCGGGAUAACAUAUGUUAAUCAUACAGACAUAGCACAUUUGAUAGAAACUUCAAAACAUGUGCGAAAACAAAAUUUAUUAAUGAAAUCAAUUUCAUUAAAAACUAAAAGUCAAUUACAUUAUUUUUGGACAUAAUUUUUCAAAGGACAUGCUCAGGAUUUGUAAACCAGUAUCUGAGUUUUAAUAUGGAUUUUUACAUAAUUAUGAAACUAGUACACAUAUAUUUGACAGGACAUACCUACCUACCUGUCGAAAUUUGAUUGAUUGCAAAUGACCAAUUAAUAAAAAAUUUGGUUCGAUAUUUAUGUUGAUUUUAACUAAAAGGAUAUUUUUUGGAAAGUUCAAAUCUGUGGCAAAAUGAAUUUUCGUGUAUUGCAAUUGUGUUUUGUAAAUUUGAUUUUCGUUAAUCUGAUAAUAGGAUAUCCGAAUGGAGCACCAAGAACCGAAGAUUCAUGUCUUAACUUACAACCUAUACAUUCAGACCCCACAACAAAUCAGCAGUUUCCAAACCAACAAGGGCCAGCACCCUUCAGAAUAGAAUUAUCUACAGGAGUUUACCAGCCAUGUGUGAUGCCAAUAGAUUGUCGACGAGCUCCUAUUACAGUUACGAUUCGUGGACUUUCUCGUUAUUUCCGAGGAUUUAUAAUACAAGCUAGGACAGAGUUCGGAGGUGUUAAAUCUUAUGGUAAAUUUAUCCCAUUGGGAAACAUGGUGUCCAAAACUGUUGCAUGUCAAAAUGGACAAUCUCUGACUCAUUCUAAUAACAACGACAGAACGGUUGUACAAUUCCAAUGGCUUCCUGAACCCAACAUGAGAGAAACCUUUCGGUUCAUAUCUACAGUUGUUCAGGAUCUUAGAACGAUCUACACCGAUGUGAUGUCAACAGAAAUAUCCCCUACCGGCAUUGUACGCCAAGGUAAUGAACGACAAACAUCAAAUGUUAUUCAGCAACCGCCCUCUGGGCCUCGUAAAAUGUUUAUUCUAAAGGAGUCUCCUCAAGAACCCUUUGAUUACACAUGGAGCGGUAAUCCGAAAAACGUUGCAGCAUCUUCCGUGCGGCAGAAUAUUCCAAAUCAACAAGUUAAUCCUCAGUCGUUUAAUCAACCAGGAAAUCCUAAUAACGCACCGUCAUCUUCCGUGCGGCAGAUUAUUCCAAAUCAACAAAUUAAUACUCAGUCGUUUAAUCAACCAGGAAAUCCUAAUAACGCACCGCCAUCUUCCGUGCGGCAGAUUAUUCCAAAUCAACAAAUUAAUACUCAGUCGUUUAAUCAACCAGGAAAUCCUAAUGUACUUUCCUCCACUUUGCGGAGUCCGUCAAAUCAGCAACCAAAUAAUAGAGUUAUUGGAAACGUCAGAAGUAAUGUACAACAAAUUUCUCCCCAAACGAAUAACGGGGUGCAAUUUCCACCAACGAACAAUAUUGUACAACCGUCGAACAAUAUUGUACAACCUUCGAACAAUAUUGUACAACCGUCGUUGAAUAGUUUAACUAAUAUGCAACGUUCACGACCGGCUUUUAACACAGGCCCAUCUAAUAUAAGACCGGCACGUAAUCAAUUGACAGGAGCUCAAACUGCCUUAAUUUCUAGUAACCAACAAAUAACAAACUCCAGAACUUCAAUGGUGAAAAAUUUAUCUUUACAAAGAAAUCAGCAAAUAAUGUUACCUGUGUCUACAAAUAUAAGUAAUCAAAAUGUGCCAAUGCGUUCACAAUCGACAAAUAUGCAACAACCUAACAAUGUACUAAUAUUAACAGGUGGGGCACAAAAAAGUGAUCCGAAUAUGAAAUCAGUAUCGACUGAUCUAUUGAAUCCAGGAAUGUUACCCGAUAUUCAACCAGAAAUUGUAGCUCAGAAAAUCGAAGUAAGAACGACAAUUUGGACACCAGUGCCAUUGCGAAUUUCAAAAACAAUAUCAACGGGAGUAACCACUAAUCCAGUUACUAAGCUUAACCGUAUUAAUAAAACUAAUAAUGUAGCCAUAUCUAUUAACAAUAUUGAAGAAAGGCAAUCUAAUAAUUUAGCGGCGCCUAUGAAAAAGGAUAAUGAAUUCCGUCAACUAAAUGAUGACAAGAAGAAUUCUGGUUGCAAAGCUGUGAUAUCUACGUUGAUUAUGUUAAUACCUCUUGGUUUUAUAAUUCUGUAAUAAAUACGAAUAGUCUGUUUGA